CUUCCCCACUCCGCAGUUUGAAUAUUCUAACUCCAUUUUUCCUCCUUCACUCAUUUGAACAGUCCAUCAUCGGGCAUGGCAGUAGUGGUCGGAAACAUAACACUAUUACUCGACGGAACUCACGUGACCACUCCACGUGCUGUCGUGUUACCAGACCGUAAAACACGUGAUGUUCUUUUGAACUUCUUUGUCAAGAAAGACCCCCCAUGCAAUCAAAGCAUGCAUGCUUCUUCUAGUGGAUUCGAUAGUGAAAGAGAAAGAGUACUAAAUCCCAAAGUGGGGUUUAGAGGAAAAGUGAAUGGGAAAGUAGGUGAGGUUGAUUAUGAGAAUACAAGUGAUGAUGAGAAUGGAAAUGAAGGAGGAGAAAGUGGUGGAGGAGAAGAGUUUGAUUGGGAGAAAGAAAUGAGGAAGAGAGUGAAAGAUAUAGAGGAGAUGAAGGACUUGGAGAAGAAAGCUGAGGAAUUGCAGAAUAGUGUUGAUGAGGAGUAUGAUGAUGAAGAAGGUGAAAGUAGUGAAGAGACUGAAGAGGAGAAGCGCGAAAGAGUAAGAAGAGAGCUCGAAAAGGUGGCAAAGGAGCAAGCAGAACGCAGGAAAACUGCUCAAUUAAUGUUUGAUUUGGGCCAGAAGGCUUAUGGGAAGGGCAUGUAUGGACGUGCUAUAGAGUUCCUUGAAGGUGCUCUCACUAUCAUUCCUAGACCAACCUUGUUUGGUGGAGAGAUACAAAUAUGGCUUGCUAUGGCUUAUGAAGCAAAUAACCGCCACGCAGACUGCAUUGAUUUGUAUAAGCAACUAGAAAGGAAACAUCCCAGUAUCAGCAUCCGACGUCAAGCUGCAGAGCUUCGCUAUAUAUUGCAAGCACCUAAGCUGAAGAUAUCUCAAGAAGAAAUGGUUACCAUACCACUAAUUGGUUCUAGCUAUGAUAGGUAGUUUCAUUAAAAGACAUCAACAAGAUGCAAGGAUUACAAAAGAUGGAACUGCAUACGAUUCCACUAUGCUCCCUCUCUCUUCCCUCUUUUGCCAUCAAAUGCAAAUUUCUAAACAGAAGUGGAUAGCGGAGGUCCACUGUUUAGGAAUGUGUCUUCAGAUAAUCAACAGAGGAUUCUUUCUUGUGUUGACGCUCUCGAUGAAUAAAUUGUUGAGGGCUUGUUUUCUCUUCGUUUCUUUUCUCAGUUAUUUCUUUUUUCUUUUGUCAUUUUGAAGUAUUUGGCUUCAUGGAUGGGAGUACCUUCUCUCUUUUGUACUUUGUUUUCUUUUUAACUUGUAAUGUGCCAAUUUUAAGGGGUAUGAAAUAUAAGACCUUUAUAAAGGGCUGAAGCUUGUUACUU